AAUACGCACGGAAGAGAACACUCAGAUAGAAAGAAUGUAUAAUUUGUUUAAAAAUAUUUUUUUAAUAUUAUAAUUCUCACAAAAGUGCAGUAACUUCACAUUGGGACAAACAGAAGUUUGCGGCUGUCAUCUGGCACCAGUCUGAGGAAUUGAUGGAGAUUUUGCGAAUUGGAAAACUCCCUGGACGACAAAUGCAUUUGUUUUGCACUGGAUUAUACUCCUAUUACAGAUAAAGGUUACAGCUGGAACAAAAGAUUUUAUUGUAUUUUGUACCUUUUUUUAAAGUAACCAAUGCACUGAUCUGAAGCAUGUAACAUCAGAACAUUUUUCUUUUACAAUUAAAAAACAUAGUAGCUCAAGAACCCAUUCAGUCCAAAUGUUUUUGACAAGAAGAGUUUUUUGUUGUUGUUGAAGCCAUGCAUCUAUUUUAAAGUGGAUCUUAUGGCGUGAAGCAAAAGAAGACAUAACAUUUCGUUUCCAAGUGAUUUUAAAUUAAGCCAUCAGCACCACAGACUGGAUGUAAAGAUGAAGAGUAUCUGUUUUGCUCUGCUGGGGUUCUUAUGGAGCUCUUAUUUGGCAGGUAGUAAUUCUCUAUUGGAUGUCUCUGAGCUUCAACCAAACUUCAUGCAUCGGAGGUUACGGACACAGGAGAAAAGAGAGAUGCAGAAAGAGAUUCUGUCCAUACUGGGACUGAACCACAGACCGAGACCUCAUCUGAACAGCGUUAAACAUAAUUCAGCACCUCUCUUCAUGCUGGAUCUGUACAACACCAUAUCCACUGAAGAGAAAAGCGACGUGGAGGAGUACAGAUCACUGUUCACCACCACGCGACCAGCUUUAGCUUCAGCGCACGACACUGAGUUCCUGCAUGACGCGGACAUGGUCAUGAGUUUUGUCAAUUUAGUGGAGUAUGACAGGGAGUUAUCGCUGCAGAGAAGACACCAUAAAGAGUUUAAAUUCAACCUGUCCCAGAUCCCAGAGGGUGAAGCCAUCACUGCUGCAGAAUUCAGGAUCUACAAGGAAUGUGUUACCAGAGCUUUCCGCAAUGAGACGUUCCUGCUUAGAGUGUUCCAGGUGGUUGGAAAACACCCAGACAGGGAUGCCGAUCUGUUUCUGCUGGAAUCUCGCAGGUUAUGGGCGGCAGAAGAAGGCUGGCUGGAGUUUGACAUCACAGCCACUAGUAAUCUCUGGGUGAUGAACCCAUAUCAUAACCUGGGUCUACAGAUCAGCUUGGAGACUAGCAGCGGGUGGAACAUCAGUCCCAAAGACGCAGGGUUAGUAGGUCGUGAUGGAGCUCUAGAUAGGCAGCCCUUCAUGGUGGCCUUUUUCAAAGUGAGCGAAAUGCGUAUCCGAUCCACCAGAUCCACUGGCAAACGGCGUCAACAGAACCGCAAUCGAUACAACGGUCCACACGAGGUGUCAAAGGGAACUGCUCAUACAGAUUAUAACAGCAGCGAUCAGAAGACUGCCUGCCGAAAACAUGAACUAUACGUCAGCUUCAGAGAACUGGGCUGGCAGGACUGGAUUAUUGCUCCUGAGGGCUACGCAGCAAACUACUGUGAUGGAGAAUGCUCUUUUCCCCUAAAUGCCCAUAUGAAUGCUACUAAUCAUGCUAUAGUACAGACACUGGUGCACCUGAUGAAUCCCGAGAAUGUCCCGAAGCCAUGCUGCACUCCUAAAAAACUGCAUGCAAUCUCUGUGCUUUACUAUGAUGACAACUCCAAUGUCAUUCUGAAAAAAUACAAGAACAUGGUGGUGCGUACAUGCGGCUGUCACUGACACAGGAGUCAUGAACUCUCCUGCCCAACCGCUGCACAGAGACUGGCCCUGCGUCCGAAUAUGUCUACUUCCAUCUAUCCCUACUAACAAAAAUCCAAGUAUGCAAAAUGAGGAGUACAAUCCUCAGCAUUCAAAAACAGUGAGAAAUACCAAAGAUGGUUCAAUGCUUCCUCCAAGAUUUUGAAGCAUGCAUCGGAUGGACACUCUUCUAACCCAUGAGGCCAUUGGAACCGAGGAGGCACACAAGAAAAAGUAUACAUACUGCACCCUUGCAUACUAUAUAAAACAUACAGACUUGGUGGUCAACAAGUAUUUCAUCUAAUGGAAUUUGUACGGACAAAGAACAUGACAUCAGAUACAGGGACAAAGAAACUUAAAAUAUAUGUUUAUAAGAGAGAGAGAGAGAGAACUGGAGUAAAGUAUCAUGUGUGGAUCAAACAAAUGUGCUGCUUCUCCCUCUUUUGUUUGCACACAUACAGUAUAUGGCCAGUUCACAUAUGAACACACUACAGACUGCCAAACCGAUAUACCGAAUCUAUGAACAGGAAAUUUACCUGAGGCCUUCUAAAACCCCCAAAUAGUGUAAACUAUAAGUGCAGUCUGUGCUUAACUGUAACAUCUUAAAGGGGUCAAAUGACACGGCUAAAACGAAUAUUAUCGUUUGUUUAUGCAAUGUGUAUACACGAUUUAAGGUUAAAAAACGCUGUAUUUUCCACAUACCGUGCAUGUUUGUAUCUCCUCUUUGCCCCGCCUCUCUGAAACACGUGGAUUUUUGACAAAGCUCAUCGCUCUGAAAAGCGAGGUGUGCUAUGAUUGGCCAGUUAACCAGUGCGUAGUGAUUGGUCGAAUACUGCAAGCGUGUGACGUAAAUGUAACGCCUCUUGCCAUAUUUGGAACAUCCGGUUCCAAAGCAAUUGUACUGACAGGUACGCCCACCUUACUUGCGUAUACAUUUGGGUGGUCUUAGUCAACCCAUACCACGAACUGACGUGGAUUUGUGGGGGUGUGGUUACACGAGCCGUUUCAGGCAGGUCUGGGUGAGCAUUCGCUUUUAGACAGAAUGCAUCUUUUGUUCCGACAAAUUCAUUUUUGAUAUUUUACGUGUCUAAUACAUGCAUGGGCAACUUACAACACACCAAAGACACAGAAAAACACGUGUUCGCGCCAUAUGACCCCUUUAAACAGCCAACCGGAAGACCAGAAAUAUUUUUUCCUGUUUUGUGGAUUUCCACGGAUCGCUAAACUCACUUGAACCCACAGGACUGUUUUUGGGUUUCAACAAAAUGAAAUUAUUUUAGGUUUUCCAAUAUUUUCUCUACACUACCUGUGGUUUACAUGGGCGAGUCAGAAUGAGUGGUUAUACACUUCAACGCAACCCAAAGAAUGAAAGCAUUAUGCUUCCGUUCUGAGGAUGGAACCGUUUUAUGAUGCCGUCCGAUGCCACAGAUCUUUACUUUCCCUGCAGCACACCUGCACCUCACAUGACAUACAGGACAAGUGAGAGAUAUGGAAAUCGACAAAACCGUAUUCUGCACCAGCAGCCUCACAUAGGCCUUAGACUUUCCAGCCGUCUCGUCUGUAUUUAUUGUUUGUUACUUGGUCAAACUUUUACUAUGCAGCUGGACAUUUUUCUUUUAUUCCCUGUGAGGAUUUUAAAGGUACAAGGCUCUUUCUGAAUGAGCUCUAGAUGUGUAUUUUAAUUGUAGAAAAUAUAUAUUUUACCCUGGUUUGUAGUCAGCAUCAUAUAUAGGGUUGGGAAACAAGAACCAGUUCGGAAAAAAAGACAGAACGGUUUAUGCCAUUUGGUUGUAUGGUUCUUUGUGUAUUCUUUGGCCAAAGUAAAUUGCCAAAUGAAACACUGUAUUGUAAGCAACAGAAGUGCGUUGUCACGAUGAAAAGCUUGUAUAUAUUUUUCUAUUGGCUGUGCAUCAGUAGCUAACUUUCCCGCUUACAAUCUUGCAGUGAGUUUGAAAUGAAUCGAAAUCUGAAUUCAAUUGAGAUUCCAGUUAAUUGUGACUGUUCUGGUAAAACCUCAAACGAUGAAAUUGAUGAUAGGCCUCUGAGGAGAAUUUUGAUAUGCAAGAAUAACAAGCUGGUUGAAGUCCCAACUAUUCCUACCCUUAACGAUAUUCUCAAUGAUAUUACAUACCUCUGGUAAACUGCUGUUUACAUGUCUCUAUCAUGUUUAGACAUAUGUAUGUAAAUACCUUUGUACAUGUUACAGCUUAUUUAUUGUAUCUUCUCUAUAUACCACAGAGACAUAUAACAAGAGUAAUGAAAACAAAACUAAACUGCUAUUUUUGAAAAAUGACAUUUUAUUAUUCAAUUUGUGACAAUGUGCUUUUUUUGUACAAAACCCCCCAGCAAUGUGUGUUCCCCCUCUUCAUACGCAACAAAAAUACUGCGAUUUCUCACUGAGGUCUCCUUUGACCAUGUGCCCCACCCAUAAAGAUUUAACUGAAUAUAUGUGGUUUCUCUGAUUGCUUCUCAUUAAGAUCCAGCACAAGAAAAACAAACAUUUCGUGUGAGGAAUAUUUGAAAAACAACAUGACAUUUGUUUAAAUCAAUGAAACCACUCGAGGUCAUCCGUGCACAUACACAAGAAACAGUAUUCCUAAAGCAGUGCUAACCAGAAUUUCACCAUCACACAUGUAGUGUUGUAAUCAGUAAAGUAUUAUUAAAAUGUCAUUGACUGCAUAUGAAAGCAGUCAACAAUGCAUUGGUGAGACAAAUAAUAAGAAGGCAAAUCUGAUCAAAAGAAACAACAAUGUACAGCAUAAACAACAGCGACAAAACAAAACCCCACAUUUUCCAUAUAUUUUUUCUAAAAGACAAAUUUCACCGUACCAUAACUGGUUUUCUCUUUUCUUGACCAGAACUGUAAAGAAACCGUAAAUAUGACAUUCUGCAUUAUCGUGCCAGAGAAUGAAAUAAAAACAUGUGGAUUAUAUAAUGACAAUGGUGGGGAUAUGUUUGAAACACUAUGUUAAUCUCAUUCAUACUGUAUACCUUUUAAAAGCACUAAGGACUUUUUGAGGACGAAUCAAAUCAAAUCAUAGGGAAGCAUUGGCAUUCCUGCUGGGGAAAAAACAUCUUAAAUCAGCCCAAAGUGGUUUGCUGGUCUUAGGUGGCCACCGAGCUGGUUAUAUUGGCUUGGUUUGAAGGUUUUAGAGGAUUUGGGGCACUUGUCAGAUGGUUAAACUGAGAGACUAGCUGGCCAACCACAUAAACACUACAUCAUGAGACCAGCUAAACCAGAUAAGACCAACAAAUCACUUUUAACAUGAAGGGGAAAAAAUCCAUCUACAAAAUCAAAAGUGCCAUUUGUAAGAUACGUCACGCUUCUCUCUGCAUUGUACAUGGUGUCCCUGAGGUCUUAUUUCCUUGAUAUUCAAAAUAAAACCUGAAUGCCCUUAUAUAACUGACAUUUACAAAAAAAUGUCUCUUAAAUGGCUGAUGGAUCUUUCUUUAAGAGGAGAAAGGACAAAACUAUCAGCAGCGUGGUUGUCAAAUCACCAAUCAUUUUAAGGUCUGGUCCAUUAUGAAAAUAAAAUUGUGUAUGUUCACAAUUCCUUAAAGGGAUACUUCACCC